GGCGUGUAGUUCAGUUGUGAGCACGCAAACGUGCUGCAGGGAUUGUAGGUGUACCUCCUCGGGCUUGCGUACCCUUUCCUUGCUAAUAAUAGUGUGUGUGUCCUUUAGAUCUUCUGAUGGCUCUAGCAUUUUUGUGACCACGGACCGAGUCUGUCUUUGCUAGCUUUUGGAAUUAGCAACUGAAACGAGUUUAAUGUGAAGGAAAACAGCAACAACAACAACAAGAGAUGCGGUGCGACGACUGUGCAACGACGGUCGGUCGGCGGAUUCCUUGGGAUCCAGAGAAGGGUCCGGGGAAAGAUUGGCUUGCGGGCUUCCUUCGUAGGCACCCACGGGUGGUGGAGCGCUCGACCCGCAUCUACGAGGCAAACAGGACCGAAGAUGAGGAGCCUCGCAUGGUGCAGUUCAACGAGAGAUGGGCAGCCCUCCUCGACGAGGUCAAACCGGAGGCCAACCACGUGCACAACACGGACGAGACAGGUGAAGAUUCGCUCGUAGGCGAGACUAGUGUAGACUACAGGGGUGUUCCGCGGUAA